GUGUUAUGUGAGUGUGAUGUUCUACCUGAUUCUAUCCUAACAAAUUUUGUAAUACAAAUAAAUACAGAAUAAAAUAAAAAUGAAUUUAGAAUUAUUAGAAUCAUUCGGUCAGAAUUAUCCAGAGGAAUUUGAUGGUACGUUAGAUUGCAUAUCACUAGCGGUUACCUGUACAUUUAAUAAAAGAGGUACCCUCCUUGCUGUUGGAUGCAACGACGGAAGGAUUGUUAUUUGGGAUUUCUUAACUCGUGGUGUUGCUAAACUCAUUAGUGCUCAUGUACAUCCUGUCUGUUCGCUGAGUUGGUCUAGAAAUGGGCAUAAAUUGUUAAGCGCGUCUACAGACAAUAAUGUUUGUAUAUGGGAUGUGCUAUCAGGAGAAUGUGAUCAAAAGUAUAGAUUUCCGUCGCCAAUACUGAAAGUCCAAUUCCAUCCAAGAAAUCUUAAUAAAUUCUUAGUAUGUCCUAUGAGACAUGCUGCAGUAAUGGUUGAUGUUGAAGGUUCACACAGAGUUAUACCUCUUGAUGACGAUAGUGAUUUAAAUAUAGUAGCAUCUUUCGACCGCAGAGGAGAUUAUGUGUAUACUGGAAAUGCUCGUGGUAGAAUUUUAGUUCUCGAUGCAGAAUCGUUAACAGUGAAAGCCUCUUACAAAAUAUCACAAGGCACUGCUAGUAAUACAGCUGUGAAGAGUAUCGAAUUUGCUAGACGCGGUUCGUGCUUCUUAGUAAACACGUCGGACAGAGUAAUCCGUGUAUACGAUAGUACCGAAGUAUUGGCUUGUGGCAAGGACGGCGAACCUGAACCAAUACAAAAGCUGCAAGAUCUUGUAAAUAAAACCAUGUGGAAGAAAUGUUGUUUUUCCGGAGAUGGGGAGUAUGUGUGCGCUGGUUCUGCUAGGCAACAUGCUUUGUACGUGUGGGAAAAGAGCAUCGGGAAUUUAGUUAAAAUUUUGCAUGGAACUAAAGGAGAGUUGUUGCUUGAUGUUGUUUGGCAUCCAGUAAGACCAAUUAUUGCUUCCAUAUCAUCCGGCGUCGUUUCCAUUUGGGCACAAAAUCAAGUUGAAAAUUGGUCUGCGUUCGCACCAGAUUUUAAAGAAUUGGAUGAAAACGUCGAAUACGAAGAAAGGGAGAGCGAAUUCGAUUUGAGCGAUGAAGACAAGUCUGUGGUUCAAGGAGAAGAGGCUCAAGACGAAGAAAUCGAAGUAGAUGUUGCAUCGAUAGAUAGAGUGGCUGCUUUCUGUAGUUCUGAUGAAGAAAUGGAAGAUAUUGGUUCGCUACAAUUCUUACCUAUAUCGCCAGACGUAGAAGAUUCUGAGGACAACCAAACGACACCACAUGAGCCACCUGUAAAAAAACAUCGUUCUCAUGAUAUCCACUUGCAGGGUGCACCAGUUGACGAGACUCAUCCAUUGUUAAAUAAAGGAAAGGAUAAGCCAACAACUAAGAAAGGAAGACCAAGAUUAGAACAUAGAAAGGGAAAGUAAUUUUAAAUUCAUUUCAGCAUAAGAAGUGUCUUAUAAUGUACAGAAUGACUAAAAGUGCUCCAAAAAUAUGUGUAUCAACUGCGAUAAUGUUUUAUACAAUAUAUGCUAUAAAACUUCUUACUUCCUAUGGAAUGUAAUCUAAUUUAAUCUUAAAUUUCUUUUAUAUUGAAAUUUGUAUUAAAAUAAAGAAUUGUAUCUAA